AUAUAAUUAAAAAAUGGAAGAUUAUACACCAAAAGAAAACACAAAUAAAAAAAAUCCUGAGUCUGACUAUGAGGUCAAAGCACAGGAACACUAUCAAUACGGUAGGCGUUUCCGCAACCUUGCGGUUUUUUCUGGAAUUAUCAUAAUCCUACUGCUGAUUGGACUUGUAGUAGUGGGUGUAAUGAAGAGGGGUGACGGCACUGAGGCUUGUUCAUCUGGUCUUAACGUUGAUCUCUCAGAACCAGAAGACCCCCCUAUAUUCCAUGAUCUAACAUCUACAGAAGUCAAAGGCCUGAUGGAUUUUCUUUUCAAGCAAAAUAAUCUGAAUUUAACGAAACCCGAAAAGAUCACAGUGAAAUCGUCCUAUAUCUUCACAGCAGAGCUCCAUCUUCCCAACAAAGCAGAUGUCGUUUCUUAUCUUGCACGUGGGGCUGGACAAAAACCACCAAGACAAGCCCGGGUCAUCAUAUUCCGUGGAGAUUUGCAAACUCAAAAGAUUAUGGAACUAGUCGUGACUCCACUACCUAAACCAACCCAUUAUACAAUAUGGAAAGACGAUAUCCCUUUCCAAUAUCGACCCAUCACGGGUCCCGAGUAUGGUAAAGCUGUAGAAAGUAUCACAAAGGAAACAGACAACAAGGCCCGGCAGCUUCUACUCAAGAGUUUCGGAGGGACACUCACAAACUGCGGUGAUACAUGUCUUUCUUAUAAAUACGUUUCUCCCAUGUCUGUCGCAGUCAGCGGUCGUAAUAGGCGUCUGUUUUGGUUCUGGAUGUUCCAGUUUGUAGAAUUUUUCAUUCUUCAUCCUAUUGACUUUGCCGUUUUAGUUGAUAUGGAUGACCCUUUGUUUGCAAUUGAUAAAGUAUGGUACAAUGAUCGCGCUUUCAGUUCCCUAGAUGUUUUGAUGCAGCAAUACAAUGAUAACAAUCUGCCAAAGAUGAAGAUUUCAUUCCCGGUUAUGUCAAACUCACUUUUUUCCACCAUGUACAGACGAGGCACAGAAGUUCCAAAGUCAUCGCAACUUCCACCAAUUUCGAUUGAACCCAGUGGAAAACGAUACAGCAUCAAAGGUCAGCACGUAAAAUACAUGAACUGGGAUUUCGACUUUAGGAUGUCGAGUACUCGAGGCCCGCAACUGUACGACAUUCGUUUUCAGAACGACAGAAUUGUUUAUGAAAUUGGUCUUCAGGAAAUAAGUGUAUUUUACUCAGGGAAAACCCCCACACAAAUGUUUUCAAAUUUCUUUGAUACCAUGUCUUUAAUAGGACCACGGGGUAAAAACUUAGUACCAGGCGUCGAUUGCCCUUCUCAUGCGACCUUCUUGCCAGCAUCCCACGUUAUGGAGAUUUCCGAACAACAAGUCACUAUUCAGAAUGCAUUCUGCCUUUUUGAGUUCAACACCGGAAUGCCACUUCGAAGGCACCAUGCGCCAAUGUCAUUCCAUGGCACCUUUUACGAAGGUCUCCCUAACAGUGUUCUCAUUCUUCGUUCGAUCCUCACUGUGGUUAAUUACAGUUAUCUGAUAGACUACAUCUUCUAUCACACUGGCGCUGUCGAAGUUAAAGUAGUCUCAAUGGGGUACAUUCUAGCUACCCCUUUUACUGCAAACGCCAGUAACUUUGGCUUUCAAGUCAGCGACAAUAUCAACGGAAACCUACAUCAUCAUAUGUUCAGCUUUAAGGUGGACGUGGACAUUCACGGUACGGAAAACCGUUACAGAACAUUGGAUAUCUCUACUACAGAAUCUGCCAAUCAAUUCAAUUCAGACUCAAACGCAAAAUUUACUCAAGGACAGUUUGUGGUUUCUGAAAAGAAGACAGAAAGGGAAGCUGCUUACAAAUUUAACUUCGAUACUCCUAAGUAUCACUUGUUUUAUAGCAAUCAGAAAAGUAACAAGUUCGGGGUUCCCAAGUCAUAUAGACUCCUAAAUCGAGGAAUGAGCAAGCAACUGUUGCCUGAAAAUGUGGGUAACGAACCGGCCAUGGCCUGGAUGCGAUAUCAGAUGGCGGUCACUAAGCGUAAGGAAGACGAGAGAACCAGUAGCACUAUUUAUAGUUUAAUGGAUUCUUUAUCGCCAGUCGUUAAUUUCGAAGAAUUCCUUAAUGAUGACGAAAAUAUAGUUGAUGAGGAUUUGGUUGCCUGGGUGAGUAUGGGUGUCCAACACAUUCCCCACACAGAGGAUCUCCCCGUCACCCACACACCAGGAAUGGACCUCAGCUUCUUCUUGUUGCCAUACAAUUAUUUCCCGGAAGACCCAGCGAUGGGGUCACGUGACUCUGUCAGGAUUGAGCCAAACAUUUACAACAAUCCAAAAAGUGGUGUUCGAGUUACCGGAAUGAAGAGUGAGGAUUUACAGUGUAAACCCCCUGUAAACAGUUAUCAGCAGGCGGUGGAGGCGGAUCCAAGCAUUUUGUUUGAUACCUCAUAAGACCAUGUUACUUAAAUACUAAAGGUUUUUAUAUUCAGAAAGAGCGUGUGAAUUUAUCAACAGCGCAUUUACAAUAUCUGAGCGCCAUCAUAAAUGCACACAAAAUAACGUUGCGACACUCAAUUAAAAAUCAAGUAAAUAAACUAUUGAUAUUUGUUAGAAAUAAUGCAAUAAAAACAUAAUGCAGAAUUGAUAUACACGUAUAAACAUUUUACAUGUUUAAUUGGGAACCUUUUCAGACCAGCGCUUUAUUUUAUGGUUUAUAUGUAUUUUCAAAUACAGUGCAGACAAAUGAAUACCGAUUCUGUGUUAUCUGCCAAAUCGAACAAAGUAAUAUUGUCUUAGUUUUUUUAUUAAAGAGAAAGUACGGCGCAUUUUAUCAAAAAUCCGUCUUGAAAAAUUUUCCGAUCGGGUUC